CAACAUCUGCCACUCAACCCCGCUUAGCCCAAUCCCGCUUGUUUCACAGACAUGUUUAUUGCGGCUGUUGUCUCUUAUUUCGACAAAACAGGUGUCAAAUAUGUCGUCAUGGAUUUCCGAAAGGAGUGCCGUAGGAAUCAAGAAGAUUGCUGUUGUCCAAUCCUCAACAGGACCGAGAUCGAAGUUUGCGGGAUUGCCAUGAUGACAGAGGUCUUCAUAGCACGCAACAUCUACGGGGUCAAGUUUGCCGCCACGGCCGCGAUUUCAGCCAUCGAAUCAAACACCAUUCACUAAAUUGCCAGAGACAAAUCCUUUGAACCUUUACUCGGCACUCUCUACAGUACACAGUGGCACCCCAGGGCUGCCAUCGACCUCGCCACUGAAUAUAUUCCCCAAGAAGUACGUACAUGACCAUCAAGGACAUGGUAACUCGCGGUUAUAGUCCAGUCAUGUCAUCCAUACUCAAACAUUUUGGAUUGGAACCACACUCAGAUAUCUGACCGUACAUCUCCCUUUCUUUGUGCUGUCAACUUCUCCUAUGAUCCCAACAAUGCUGAGAAGCUUCUCGAGACCGCUGAGAAGUCUACCAAUAUCAAGGCCUUCCUUAUGGCUAAGGCUUAAGCACCAGUCCUAGUGACAAUGAAUGGCUACGGAAGGGAUGAUGAGUAUUAUGGGUAGUCUUGGUCUUUUGCAGAGGGAUGGUUGGAUACUCACGAGCCUGCUGAGCUCAAGCCUGGCUUCGAGGCUGCAGUUGAAAAGAAUUUUAGUCAAUUCUCUAGCUCCGAGUAUGCUACUAUAAAGGAUGUCUCUUUAUCCCCG